AUGAAGUCAAGAGUCCUCCGACCAGCAGCGCGCCUGCGCUCGGCCCGUCUAGCGAGCCCCUCCACCUCGACCCCCCGCCUCACCCUCUCCGCCCGCGCCGCCAGCUCCCUCUCGCAGAAGCCCAAUGCGAACCACGUCUCGUUUCCUGGCGCCGUCAAGAGCGCCUUUACGCACACGCUCAAGUACGAGACGCCCUCCGACUACCCAGCCCUGUCGACCUACCGCGUCGUCGACCAGGAUGGCAUCGUUGUCGACGAGAGCUUCAAGCCGGAUCUAAGCGAUGAGGAGGUCAUCAAGCUGUACAAGGACAUGGUCUACAUCUCGAUCAUGGAUCUCAUCAUGUUCGACGCCCAACGGCAGGGCCGGUUGAGCUUCUACAUGGUGUCGGCAGGCGAGGAGGCGCUGAGCGUCGGUUCCGCCAGCGUGCUGGCGCCCGAGGACGUCGUCUUUUGCCAGUACAGAGAGCAGGGUGUCUUCAAGCAGAGGGGGUUCACGACGUCAGAUUUCAUGAGCCAGCUGUUCGCGAAUGCCAAAGACCCUGGCCGCGGCAGGAACAUGCCUGUGCACUACGGCAGCAAGGAACUGAACAUUGUAUCACUCCAUCUCCUCGCCGUUGGCGACGCAGCUCCCGCAGGCCUCGGGGGCGGCGUACGCGCUCAAGAUGCAGCGCCUGCACGACCCCAGCAUCCCGCCGCGCGUCGUGGCGGCGUACUUUGGCGAGGGCGCCGCCAGCGAGGGCGACUUCCACGCGGCGCUCAACAUGGCGGCGACGCGGUCGUGUCCGGCACUCUUCAUCUGCCGCAACAACGGGUACGCCAUCUCGACGCCGACGCUGGACCAGUACCGGGGCGACGGCAUCGCGAGCCGCGGCCUCGGGUACGGCAUCGACACAGUGCGGGUGGACGGCAACGACUUUUGGGCGGUGCGCGAGGCGACCAAGCGGCACGCGCCAUGCACUGCCGCGACGGCGGGCGACCCGUUCUCAUCGACGUAUCGUGUCAGUCACACAGCACGUCCGACGACUCUUUUGCGUACCGCGCGCGCGUCGAGGUCGAGGACUGGAAGCGGCGCGACAACCCCAUCACGCGGUUGCGCAAGUGGAUGGAGGCCAGGGGCAUCUGGGAUGAGGGCAAGGAGAAGACGUGCCGCGACGAGACGAGGAGCGAGGUGCUCAAGGGGUUCCGGGAGGCCGAAGCUAUGAAGAAGCCGCCCAUGCGUUCGAUGUUUGAGGACGUCUAUGAGGAGCUAACGCCGGAUCUGAAGCAGCAGAUGGCCCAACUCAAGGCGCAUUUGGAGAAGUACCCUGAAGAGUACGACUGCAGUGAGUUUGAGGGCGGCGCUGAUAGUCUCAAGCCAUGA